AGGUGAAACUGGCAUUAGAGGUGAGCAUUUGGUUUGCUGGAUCUGUGACUUUUAAGGUGAUACUGUUUGAGCUUUUGUUAAUCUUUUCUUUUUUCCUCAGAUGGAAGUAAAACUGUGCUUGAUGUGGAGGCUUACCAAACUCACACACCUUCCAGUGCUUUACCGCUGCCUUCCCUCACCUUUUCUCCAGGACCUGAAUGCUCAACCCAAAUGCACACACCUCAGCCAGUGUUGGCUACUCCCUCAUACGUUCCCAGGGUAAAGUUUGUGAACUUCGAGGUCCCGCUGUAUCGCACCCCCGAGCAGGCAGCAUGCCCCUACUGUGAGACCGGGGUUACCACGGAGGUCACCUUCCGGGUCGGGGCUUACGCAUGGCUCAUGUGCCUUGUGUUUGUGUUGUGCGGGUUGGUGCUCGGCUGCUGCCUGAUUCCGUUCUUCGUCAAUCACUUUAAGGACGCCUAUCACACCUGUCCACGCUGUCACCGGGUCCUCCACGUGCAGAAGAGGAGCUGCUGCAGUUAAAUAUACUUC